CAUAGAUGAGGUGGUCACUAUCAGGUAAAAUACAACUGCGCUGGGCCGCGGGGUCGCGCUGUGUCCACUUGUUAAUUGUGUGUAUAUAUUAAGGCUCUAUCUCCAAUUGACUUGAUUGCCGACUUUAUUUGCUCUGCUUUCCCGCUUUGCACCUGUUGGCCCCUGACAACCUUUGAGAAAGUCGAGCUCUCUCCCGCACCCUCUCAGGACACUGCUUCCAGUCACCAUGUCUCGACCUCUCGAAGGCAAGCUGGGCAUCGUAACCGGCGCAUCUCGAGGCAUCGGCGCCGCCAUCGCCGAGAACCUCGCCUCCAAGGGCUGCAACCUCGUCAUCAACUACACCUCUUCCUCGUCCACCGAGCCGGCCAAGUCCCUCGCCGCCGAACUCUCUUCGACCUACAACAUUCGGGCCGUCCCCGUGCAAGCCGACGUCGGCACCCAGGCAGGCGCCGCCGCUCUGAUAUCGGCCGCCCGCGAACACUUCACAAACAACAACCGCUUCCAGAUCGACAUCCUCAUCAACAACGCUGGCAUCGCACGUAACGCGCUCCUGCCCAACGUGACGGUCCAGGACUUUGAGGAAACCUACCGCGUCAACGUGCUCGGCCCCCUGCUCGUCGUGCAGGCCGCCCAGCCGCACCUGCCGACCGACCGCUCGGGACGCAUCGUCAACAUCUCGUCCGUCUCGUCGUCGACGGGGUUCGUGACGCAGUCCGUCUACGGCGGUACCAAGGCGGCCGUGGAGGCCAUGACGCGUACCUGGGCGCGCGAGCUGGCCGAGAAUGCCACGGUGAAUGCCGUGAACCCGGGCCCCGUGGAGGGGCCCAUGUACGCGUCUAACUCAAAGGAGUUUCUCGAGGGGAUCCAUGGGUGGGUGCUGCAUACGCCGCUAGCCAAGGCGAGGGAGGGGGUGGAUAGCGACGAGGUGGUUAGGGAGGCUAAGGAGAGCGGUGGAAGGCAGGCCAAGGUGAAGGAGGUGGCCGGAAUUGUGGGGAUGCUGUGCGGUGAGGAGGCCGGGUGGUGUACGGGGCAGGUCGUGUGCGCAAAUGGUGGGAUGGUGAUGCUGCAUUGAGGUGGACCAAAGGAUAGAAUAUGUUUUCAAAAUAGAUUCCCAAUCUGCAGUACUGCGACAUAACGACGUUUU